AAGUGGGGGGAGGGAGGGAGAGGAGGCCGGGUCUGGCGCCAUGCUGAGUCACCGCCCACGGGGCCCGGGGCGGGCCCUCGGGGCCACGGGCAGGGCGCCGGGGUCUCGGGGAGCCGCGGGGAGGGCUGGGGGCCCUCGAAGCAGGAGUCAGGAGGAGGAGCGGGCGGCCCGAAGAGUACCUGCCGACGGACAGACAGACAGUGCAGCCACCCAUAAAGUAGAAAGCACUACUAACAGCGCUGGAGGGUGUAGUGUUUCCUACUUUAUGGAUGAGUGUACUGUGGGCUUCAGAGACCGCGCCGCCGCCGCCCGCCACCGACUUCCUCCGCGUUCGGGACCGCGUGUGACAGGUGAGCCCCUCAGCCGCCCUCCCCACCCCGCCCAGACCCCUGGAAGGUCUCCGCUGCCCCCCGUGGCCUGCCCCUCCUGGGUCCAGCCAACCCGGGAAAUGCCGCGUCAGCUCCUCGGCUGCCCCGAGGGCUGGCAGGGUGGACGCCUGGACCUGCUGCAGCUGGGGCGAGGCCCCAGUGCAGGCCCAGCCACCAGAGGACAGAUGCCAGGAUGAGGAAGAGGCGGGAAGGGAGGGGAGAUGGAGGGGAGGGGGGGGCAUGCCUGGGACCCCAACACUAAUAAAGAAUGGACGUGCAGGCCCAGCCACCAGAGGACAGAUGCCAGGAUGAGGAAGAGGCGGGAAGGGAGGGGAGAUGGAGGGGAGGCGGGGCGUGCCUGGGACCCCAACACUAAUAAAGAAUGGACUCUGCUGCU